AUGGAAGAUCAAGGAGGAGGAGGAUCCAUCAGAAUCGACAAACUGACGGACUCCAACUUCUACGUGUGGAAGCAGAAAAUACAACUUCUGCUUGCUCUACGUGAUGUUGACCAAUACAUCGUUGAGGGAAGAGUUCCAAGUGAGGAACGCGCGGAAGAGCGUAAGAAGUGGAUCAGAGGUGACAGUAAAGCUAAAGCACUGAUUGGUCUCUCCCUAUCAGAUGAGCAUCUUGAGUAUGUACGUGAUGUUGAUACUGCUCAUGACAUGUGGGAAGCUAUUGUCAACGUGUUUGAGAGGCACACUUUGCUGAACAAACUAGCUGCACGUCGUGAGUUCUACACUGUGAAGAUGUUUUCCGGUGAAAAGGUGCUUGCAUACAUCAAUCGUGUCAAGCAGCUGGCAGCCAUCCUCAAGUCAAUGAGCGUAAACAUCCAUGACAAGGAGAUGGCCAUGGCAGUGCUCAACGGUCUGCCUGCCCGUUUCCAGGCUCUCAUCGUUGCACUUGAUGCUCUCGGUAAUGAGGAAAAGAUAUUCAGUUUGGACUUUGUGAAAAGUCGUCUGCUGCAGGAAGAGCAACGAGCCAACAUGAAGUCUAGCUCCUCACAGACAUCGGCUCUGGUUAAUCGUGCCCCGAACAAUCGGGACAUAAACGAUUACAAAUGCACGAACUGCGGUCAUACAGGCCAUACAGCAACCCGGUGCUGGGGAAAGGAUUCGAAUGGGCGUCGCCCGGCUCCUCCUAGCGGAUAUAAACCGCGUAUCGUCGACUUCACAUGUCUGAUGUCGAAAGCUUCGCACACGAACGAUAUGGAGAUGUCCCCUUCGUGGCUCGUAGAUUCAGCUUGUACAGCUCACAUUACAUAUGACCGAUCUCUGUUUGCAACGUAUGAGCCACUUGAUUCCGCCUCUGUUCAGAUGGGAACCAAGGCUAGUGCGAAGGUUGCCGGCCGUGGUGACGUUCACUUGAAGUUAAAUGUGAAUGGCCGCAUCGAACCGUGCAAGUUGACGGAUGUAUUGCACGUUCCGGACUUUGCGUUCUCUCUGCUCUCUGUCAGUCGAAUGACUGAACUUGGACUAAAAGUUGGGUUCGAAAAUGGAAAAUGCAUGAUCAGACGAGGCUCAACUGUAGUGGCGACUGCGACAUUGGUUGGAGAACUUUACGUUCUCGACAUCGUCAGUGACAUCGGAUCUGCACAUGCUGCCACCCUGCAAACGUGGCAUGAGCGCUUCGCACAUGUGCAUUCUCAAGGUAUUGCUUCGAUGAUUCGUGACAAUGUGGUAAGUGGAGUCAAACUACUUGGUAAUGAGGCUAACAAAAUCAACAAUACUGACAAUGAUUGCAUCUCUGAAAAAUGUUCUGCGUGCGUCUACGGCAAAGCCACUCGAUCUGUGAUCCCAAAAGAGCGGUCCUCGAGGCGGGCAUACUUCUGUCUAGAUUUAGUUCACUCUGAUGUUUGUGGCCCCUUAGAGGUGCAGUCCAAUGGUGGUGCCAAGUACUUCAUUACCUUCAUAGAUGAUCACUCAAACUGGUCAGUAGUGUACCCUAUGCACCAUAAAUCAGAAGCAUUUGAACGAUACAAAAUGUUUGCACAACUUGCUCAGACUCACACUGGUCGCAAGAUCAAAGUGCUUCGCACCGAUCGAGGUGGUGAGUAUCUGUCCACGGAGUUUAAGUCUUUUCUGAUUGCAAAUGGUACUCAGCAUCAAAUGACGACCGCGUACACACCGGAGCAAAAUGGCGUGGCCGAACGACUGAACAGAACUUUGGUAAACUUGGUGCGCUCCAUGCUAGCGCACAAGAAAGUUACAAAGGGGUUCUGGGCAGAAGCACUUGCCAAUGCAGUGUACGUUCGAAAUCGAGUCACGUCACGUGCCAUUCCCCCUAAGAUGACUCCAUACCACUUAUGGAUGAAAUCUGUGCCAAAUGUUGGUCAUUUGCGUGUUUUUGGUUCAAAGUGUUGGUAUACAUUACCAAAACACAACAUCCAGAAACUUGACGCCCGUGCAAAGGAGGCAAUGUUUCUGGGGUAUGCUGAAAAUACGAAAGCUUACAAGUUGUGGGAUGGUGAUUUGCACAAAGUGAUCGUAUCCAGAGAUGUUACUUUUGACGAGUCCACGGGAGGCAAAUCUGAAAAUAAUGCAGUGGCAUCGGAAGCAUCAUCGCCGAAUGAACAACAAGACUCCGAUGAAUCCUCCAACUGCUCCCCAACUGCAGGGGAGAACGAAACCACCGAAACAGUUGACCAACACGUAGUUGAGGAAGAAAUGAUUGAUCCGCCAACUAAUCUCCGUCGGUCCACUCGCGUUCGCAAAACGCCUGGGGCGUGGUGGGCAGUAUAG